AUGAGUAAUAAUGGAACAGACCUAACCACGGGAUUUGCCGCCUCUUCUGUUGCUAUUCUUUUGUUUGGCUCAAACUUUGUGCCACUUAAAAAAUAUGAUACUGGUGAUGGAAUGUUUCUCCAGUGGAUUCUCUGUGCUGCAAUUUGGUUGGUUGCUUUAGUGGUCAAUCUGCUAUUACAUUGCCCUAAAUUUUGGCCUCUUGCAAUGCUUGGAGGCUGCAUUUGGGCAACAGGGAACAUUGCUGUUGUCCCAAUUAUCAAAACCAUUGGUUUAGGCCUUGGCAUCUUAAUCUGGGGAUCAUUUAAUGCAUUAACUGGCUGGGCCAGCUCAAGGUUUGGCUGGUUUGGAAUGGAUGCACAAGAAGUUUCAAAACCACUGUUAAAUUACAUUGGAGCUGGACUAUCAAUAGUAAGUGCCUUCAUAUUUUUGUUCAUCAAAAGUGAAAUACCAUGUAGCACGGGUUCCACGGAUACUACACCCUUAAUGUCAGAACAUGAGAUCAACUCAAGUCCAGAUGUCUGUGCUAGUUAUUCCUGGGUGGAUAAACUUUCUACAGUACAACACCGCAUUGUAGGAUGUGGUCUUGCCGUGAUAUCUGGAAUACUCUAUGGUUGUACAUUUGUGCCAAUAAUUUAUAUCAAGGACCAUAGCAAAAGAAAUGAUAGUAUGUAUACAGGAGCAAGUCAAUAUGAUUUAGAUUAUGUUUUUGCACACUUCAGCGGCAUAUUUCUUACAAGUACAAUCUACUUUCUGGCAUACUGUAUAGCGAUGAAAAAUAGCCCUAAACUAUAUCCUAAAGCAGUCUUGCCAGGAUUCCUUUCAGGAACACUUUGGGCAAUCGCUACCUGUUGUUGGUUCAUUGCCAAUCACUUUCUCAGUCCUGUGGUCAGUUUUCCAAUAAUCACUGCUGGUCCAGGACUAGUUGCUGCAAUGUGGGGUGUCUUCAUGUUUAAGGAGAUACAGGGUUUGAGAAACUACCUGUUGAUGAUACUUGCGUUUUUCAUCAUCCUGGCUGGAGCUUUAUGCACUGCUUUUUCUAAAAUCUAA